UUGUACAACCAGAUGGAAGUCUGAUCAUAAGAAGUAUAUCUGAAUACAUGGAUAGAAUAACAUGCCAGGUUGAGAAUGAGUUUGGCGAGGAUAGAAUUCAUUAUUCUAUAGAUAUUGUAGCUGCCCCUAAUGCUCCAACAAUAAGGUUAGAGAGUAGUGACCUGGAUUCUAUAACAAUUUCCUGGCAUCUUCCUCAUAAUGGUGGAGCUCUCAUUCAAGGUUACUUUUUAAACUAUAAGAUGGUUGGAUCUGACUGGACUGAAAUAUCCCUGGAUUAUGAUCUUUUGACUUUUACGCUUCAAGAUCUACCAUGCGGGUCAACCUUCCUCGUCAAUCUGGUGGCGCACAAUAUUGCAGGACGAAGUAAACCCAGCGCAACCCUGACUUCCUCGACCCAAGGUUCAGUUCCGGGAAUACCGGAUCUAAAUAGUAUGCUCUCAGUGAACAGUACAAGUAUUCUACUCCACCUGUACGGCUGGCCAGAUGGAGGUUGUACUGUACAUUACUUUGUUGUACAAUACAGGGAACUUACACAGGACACUUGGAGGGUACUCUCUAGUAAUAUCAGAAGUGCUGAAGAAGAUGUCCUUAUAUCAGAUUUAUCUCCAUCAACUCGUUAUAUUCUUCAACUAACUGCUCAAAACACUGCUGGAAACAGGCUUGUGACCGGGCAUGUAGCAACAUUAACAUUGACCGGUCAUACUCUCCCUCCCUGGUCAUCAACUACUCAACAGACUAUUACAGACCAGGUCGAUGGUUCCCUGGCUAUACCAAUAAUUCUCUCAAUUAUAAUUGUCUCUACUGCCCUUCUCCUCUCAAUAUACUGCUUUAAGAGACGACAGUUUGUUUCCUAUCCUGGGUAUACACCAACACUGAACCAGUAUUCAGUUAAAUCAUUAUCUGAUAUACCAACAGGAAAUGUACAUGUGUAUACCCCACUAACGAUACAAAGAAUAAGGAAGGCUGAAUCCAAUCAGAGAAUAGAUGCAAGUACAGGAACCCCGUACAAUGCUGUGCCAUAUGCCGUGUACAGAUCUCCAAAUGUACAGCCACCCGACAAGGAUGUUGAUUAUUCAUCUCCUCUUUUCCAAACUUUUGGUCGGACCCUUGAUUCGACCAAAUCUCUGAUCAGGACCCCUGACUCGUCUCAAACUUUUAUAAGAACUCCAGACUCCAUUCAGUCGUUUGUUCGGACCCCUGAUACAACUAAAACAUUGCUGUCUAGACCUAAUAGUGUUCACUUGGCGGGGUUUAAUUUAAACAACAUCAGGGGCCCUACAGACCCAAUUAGUUUAGAGAUCAGCAGCAUAUCCCGGCAACUGCAUCCUACUCAUACUCAAACCCUUGGCAGGAAUACGCAGAGAUUCUCCAUGUGUUCUGAGACAGAUUCUACGGAAGAGAAUACGUUGAACAAAUUUGCUACCCUUAGACGAUCCAGGAGAUAUAGCAGUAGAGAAGCUUCUGACCUGUUAUCUGACUCUAGCACAGAAUCUGCAGUUGAGAUUAUCAAACAGCAAGCCAGGCUUACAAGGAGAAAUAAACGAUCUAAACAGGCAAGGAGAUGCAGAUCCCAGUCUUCCCUGGAGGAUAUGGAUAAUCAAAUAUCAACAUUUACCAGGCUAUCAACAGACAGCAGGGAACUCACUGAACCUGAAUGUGAUCGUGAUAUAACCGAGUUUACUACCCUGCAAGCUCAAAUCAGAAAUCAACUCGAGAAAAUCCGUGAACAAGACAUUGUAAAACCCGCGGGAAUUUCCCACCAAAACAGUUGGAACACCGCCAACCAGAGACAUCUAGAGGAGAAAUUUGUAAUUAAAGUUUAGCACUAGUUGAUAAAAACAAAUUCAAUUCCAUUCCAAAUGAUUUUAAAGGGCCCGACCACUUUUUUGGAUAAUUUCAUGGUAAACUUAAAAGCCAAAUAGCUAUUCAUUGGUAUUAGUCUUACUAUUCAAAGAUAACUAUGGCCAGAGAAAUAGCCGAUUUAUCGUUUAGAAUUCCAGCGCAAAGGUAUGAUUAUGACACCUUUGCAUAGACACUAUGUAAACGUUUUAUCAGUAACAAUAGCCCAAUAAAAUCUCAAAUUAUCAUAUUAUAAUAAAACAUAAAAACUUUUUAUCUUAGAAUUAGCAAGAAAUAACGUGUAUCGUGUUCAAACAUGAUUUAACACCUUUACACAAAGACGACCUUCUCUCUUCGUCAAACCGGUUUCUAGAUUCCAACUCGGGGAUUCCUAGGGAUUGCUGGGAAAACGUUUCAAUUCGUCAAAUGUUUAAAUUAAGUUAUAUUUUGAAAAUAGGCAAUUACUUUAAAAAGAUUAAAGAUAU